UUUACUUGAUUUAAAUGUAAUAAAUUGGCCUACGCUUCCAUCUGGGGAGGGGAAGGUGGUGCAGUGCUGCUCAAUUUACUCACUGUCCACUGUCUCCAAUGGAUCUCGGUGCUCCACACCUUUUCUUCUUAUAAACACCCCACCCUCUCUCUCUCUCUCUCUCUCUCUCUCAUAUUCCAAGCCCGUUUCGUUUCCUCGUCUUGAUCUUUAUGUCAUUGCCAAAAAGUUUCGUUUCCCAUCCUCUUUCGGCUCCGAUCGGGUCCUGCAUUGCCCGACCUACCUCAAAUCUGAUCUUUUCAUUUUUAGUACCCGCUUACGUCCCUGAGUCGGUGUGUUCUUCGGCUAUUGUGAUCCACGGUGUCAUGUUAUGGAUUGCUUUUUCGUUGAAUGCUUUUUUGAUUGACUGAGAUGAAUCCACUUUGCUGCAUUGCUCCGGUUUCCAUCGAUCGGGACCCGGCUAACCCGAUCCUUGAGAAGUCUCCGGGUCAGUGCCAGUUAGGGCUCGGCGCGUCGAUUAACUCCGUGAACAACCCGAAAACCGGUCUCUCGGCUCAGGUUUCGUCGACCGGGACUGACUCUGACAAAGUUUCGGCCGCAGCGAACCAGGAUUUCGAAGAUGCAGUCGUCGAAGCGAGGGACUCGAAAGCGUAUGGGGGCGUGAGUGGCAGCGUGGCCGGGAUACUGUACAAGUGGGUGAACUACGGGAAGGGAUGGAGGUCGAGGUGGUUCGUGCUCGAAGACGGUGUGAUCUCGUACUAUAAGAUUCACGGCCCGGACAAGAUUCUAAUGAACCCGGCAAGAGAGAAAGGCGGUAGGGUGAUCGGCGAGGACUCUCUGAGGUAUAUGAGGAAGGCUAAUUGGAGUAGCAACCGGCUCGGCUCGUCGGCCAAGCAGUGCAAGCCUUUUGGCGAAGUGCAUUUGAAGGUUUCUUCAAUCCGUGCAAGCAAAUCAGACGAUAAAAGGCUUUCCAUUUUUACAGGAACAAAAACACUUCAUUUGUGGUGUGUAUCUACGUUGGACAGAUCUGCAUGGAUUGAGGCACUGCUGGCUGCUAAAGAUCUAUUUCCUAGAGUGUUGACUGGCAAUGAUUUUGCCUCUACUGAAGAUGUAGUUGUUUCAACAGAGAAACUCCGUUUACGAAUGCUGCAGGAAGGCAUUGGCGAAGCAGUCAUCAAAGAUUGUGAAUCAAUCAUGCUAUUAGAACUCUCUGAGUUGAAAAGCCAGUUGAAGGCUCUUCAACAUAAACAUGUAAUGUUGUUGGACUCAUUGAGACAACUGGAGACUGAUAAAAUAGAGCUGGAAACUACUGUAGUGGAUGAAACAAAGGAACGUGAGUCAUACGGACAAGGGAAUAGGCGAUUUAGUGAUUUCUAUUCUGUCAUGUCAGAGGGCAGUGCAACAGACUCUUGUGCUGAUAAUGAGAGUCAAGAUGGUGUAGAUGUUGAAAUGGAUGAAGAUGAUGGAACAUAUUUUGAUACAAAUGAUUUUUCAUCUUCAGACGCUUUAAGAAGUGCUUCGUAUAGGAGUAGGGAAACACUGGGAAAUGCUUGUAUGGUCAAUAGAGAUUCUUUUUCUUCUGAACGUUUGUGUGGAAUUGAGAAGGUGAUCAAGGUAGUUGAAUAUCCUUAUGUCAAAAGAAGGAAAAAUUUGCCAGAACCAAAGGAGAAAGAGAAGCCCAUGGGCUUGUGGUCGAUUAUUAAGGAUAAUAUUGGAAAGGACCUUUCUGGAGUUUGUCUUCCUGUAUAUUUUAAUGAACCACUGUCUUCAUUGCAAAAGUGCUUUGAAGAUCUGGAGUAUUCUUACUUGGUUGAUCGAGCGCUGGAAUGGGGAAAGCAGGGGAAUGACUUGAUGAGAAUUUUAAACAUUGCAGCUUUUGCCAUCUCUGGUUAUGCAUCUACAGAAGGUCGGCAGUGCAAACCCUUCAAUCCUCUCCUUGGGGAGACAUAUGAGGCUGAUUACCCAGAUAAAGGGCUUCGUUUUUUCUCUGAGAAAGUUAGUCACCACCCAGUGAUUGUUGCUUGUCAUUGUGAGGGAAGAGGAUGGAAAUUCUGGGCUGAUUCUAAUCUCAAAGGCAAGUUUUGGGGACGCUCUAUUCAGCUUGAUCCUGUAGGUAUCCUUACUCUGCAGUUUGAGGAUGGUGAGACAUUUCAGUGGAGCAAGGUUACCACUUCUAUAUACAAUAUCAUACUAGGUAAAAUCUAUUUUGACCAUUAUGGAACCAUGCACAUUAAGGGAAGUGGCAAUUACUCCUGCAAGCUGAAGUUCAAGGAGCAGUCCAUCAUUGACCGAAAUCCACAUCAGGUCCAUGGAUUUGUGCAAGACAAUAGAACUGGAGAGAAGGUAGCUAUGUUGGUUGGGAAGUGGGAUGGGGCAAUGUAUUAUGUGCUGGGAGAUCCAUUUACAAAGCCUGAGGGUUAUGAUCCAAUGACGGAAGCUGUACUCCUGUGGGAAAGAGAUAAAUAUGUUACUAAGACAAGAUACAAUCUCUCCCCUUUUGCAACAUCCUUAAAUGAACUGACACCUGGAUUAUUGGAGAAAUUGCCUCCAACUGAUUCGAGGCUGAGGCCAGAUCAAAGACACGUAGAGAAUGGAGACUAUGAAUUGGCAAAUACCGAGAAGCUAAGACUUGAACAGUUACAGAGACAGGCAAGGAAAUUGCAGGAGAGAGGGUGGCAGCCAAGAUGGUUUCAGAAGGAUGAGGAUGGUUGCUACCGUUAUAUGGGUGGAUACUGGGAAGCAAAAGAAAAAAAGAACUGGGAUGGAAUUCCUGAUAUAUUUGGCCAGUGUAAUGAUUGCCAUUCUUGCUAUGGAGAAGAGUGAGUUUUACUGUGCACUAAAUUAUUUUGUUUCCCUCCCUCA